AUGGGGACGAGGAAUAAGACAAAAGCCCAGAAGCUGGGAAAGCCUGCAGCGCGGGAACAUGAGGCAGAGGAGGACGAAUCUUUCCCGCCCGAGCAGCUGAGUGAGCAGUGCGAUCGGCUCACACAUGGAGAGCCUGAGACUCAGGGAGGAGACCCGCAGGUGGAUUAUGUCAGGUUAGCAAUCGAGGUUGCGAACCGAAUAUUACCGGACUUGCAGGAGUCAUUGGCGAGCACGGUCGGGCAGACGCUUCAAUCCCUGCAGGCGACCACAGCUGAACAUGGCAACAGGCUCGACGGCGCAGAGGCCAGAAUACAUGCGCUGGAGGAAUCAUGCUCUGACCUACAGGCGCUCCUGGAGAAAACUGUAAGUGACACCAAAGCCCUUAAAGUAAAAGUAGAUGACCUGGAAAACCGGUCGCGCAGGAACAACCUGCGCAUUCUGGGCCUGCAGGAAUCAAUCCCGGCUCAAGAUCUGAUGCGCAUUUGUGAGCAUGACAUCCCUAAAGCUUUGGGGCUGGAGGGCACAUGCAAAGUAGAGAGAGCACAUCGCAUAGGCCCAGACCUGCGUGGUGGUGUGGAGCGCAAUCAGAAGGCACCGUCUGCACUCAUGAAGCAGAGUACAGAGGACAUUCCUACAGAUAACCGCCCAGAUGACUGUACCAGGAACUUAGAGAAACAUCUGGUAUCUUCGGAUUUUGAAGUAGAUGAACGUGGUAUCACACGAGAUACAUUUGAAGAGCAUACCAAUAUCCAAGAUAUAUUUUCAUCCAAUCUCAGCAACAAUGCAUCAUUUGAUUCUUUUAAACGGGUCCGAUCUUCUGAUUCAUCACAGACUGUAACACAGAAUACAAGUCACAGCAGAGGUGCUAAACAUCCAACAGCUUAUGUAAGAGAGAAGACGUUUUCAUGUUCAGAAUGUGGAAAAUGUUUUAUCAAUAAUUCAUCUCUUGUUAAACACCAGAGAAUUCACAGAGGAGAGAAGCCAUUUUCAUGCUCAGAAUGUAGUAAGCGUUUUUCUCAGAAAUCAUAUCUUGUUGUACAUCAGAGAGUUCACACCGGGGAAAAGCCAUUUUCAUGUUCAGAAUGUGGGAAAUGUUUUAAGCAGAAAUCAGCUCUUGUUACACAUCAAAAAACUCACAGAGAAGAGAGGCCAUUUUCAUGUUCAGAAUGUGGAAAAUGUUUUAAGCAUAAAUUGGAUCUUGUUGUACAUCAGAGAGUUCACACCGGGGAAAAGCCAUUUUCAUGUUCAGAAUGUGGGAAAUGUUUUAACAAUAAUUCAUAUCUUGUUGUACAUCAGAGAACUCACACAGGAGAGAAGCCAUUUUCAUGUUCAGAAUGUGGGAAAUGUUUUAAGAAGAAAUUGGCUCUUGUUGUACAUCAGAGAAAUCACACCGGGGAGAAGCCAUUUUCAUGUUCAGAAUGUGGGAAAUGUUUUAACAAUAAUUCAUGUCUUGUUGUACAUCAGAGAACUCACACAGGAGAGAAGCCAUUUUCAUGCUCAGAAUGUGGGAAAUGUUUUAGGCAUAAACAAGCUCUUGUUGGGCAUCAGAGAAUUCACACAGGAGAGACGCCAUAUCCAUGUUCAGAAUGCAGUGAAUGUUUUAAGCAGCUAUCGGCUCUUGUUUUCCAUCAGAGAGAUCACACAGGGGAGAAGCCAUUUUCAUGCUCAGAAUGUGGAAAAUGUUUUAAGCAGAAAUCAGAUCUUGUUAUACAUCACAGAAAUCACACAGGGGAGAAGCCAUUUUCAUGCUCAGAAUGUGGAAAAUGUUUUAAGCAGAAAUCAGCUCUUGUUAUGCAUCAGAGAAAUCACACUGGUGAGAAGCCAUUUUCAUGCUCAGAAUGUGGAAAAUGUUUUAAGCAGAAAUCAACUCUUGUUACACAUAAAAAAACUCACAGAGAGAAGCCAUGCUUAGCCCUUUAGUGACCUCCCUUAUGUGUUUUGUUUUUUUAUUCUUUUUAUUGAAACAUUUUACAUUUUUAAAACAGGGACAGAAAUAAAAAAGGGGAGGGAAUUAUAACAAGAUUUCUGGAAUUAUACAUUGUUUGAAAUAGUCCAUCUAUAUCAUGAAGCAACUGAUAAAAAUGGGUUUCUAGCAAUCAGCAUAUUAUAAAAUAUAAUAAUAGUAUGAUAAAAGAAAAAACAUAAAAAGGGGAGGGAAAGGGAAGGUUAAGUUUGAAGAGCGCUCAAAGUACCUUUUAUAAAGAGGAGAUAAUGUACCAGGAGGUAUACUGAAAUGGUUUGACUAUUUCAGAGAGGAUGAAAUGUGUGGUCAGAAAAGUCUUCCAUUUUCGAAAGAAUUUAGUAGCAGAGCUCUUUUUGUGCCUUUUUGCCUCGAUCUGAUCAUACAGAACUGUAUCUUCAGUUGUGAAAUCACUGUUGAUACGUCUGGCAUUAAGCUGGAGAGCCAGUGGUGUAAUACUACUCUUUUGGCCACCAGCAAUAUUGAGUGGAGGAAGAGAGGAACAUUUUGAGGGCGAGUAGCUUGGUGUGUUGGAAAGCGAAUAUAGUAAAACAACAAUGUUUGAGGGGGAGGUUGAUCGACCAGUAUGUCCUGACAUACUAUCAGACUUUCCCAAAAUUUUGAGACCUGACGGCAUGACCAUAUGCCAUGCCAAAAAUCUGAAGCUGGCUUUUUACAUUUGGAGAAAGAGUAAAGAGCAAGGGUAAAUCAGAUCCUAGGGAAUGAUUUAUCCAAAAUAAAAGAAGAACUUGAGGUGCUAGUGGAAUAGAAGUGUUAGUGAUAGGUAUACCACUUGGUACAUAGUUACAUAGUAUAUAAGGCCGAAAAUAUACAAUUGUCCAUCCAGUUCGGCCUGUUAUCCUGCAAGAUGAUCCAGAGAAAGGAAAAAAAAAACACCUGUG